AAACUUAUGGCGUAGGAUAGAAACACGAGAUAAGAAGACGAAGUGACGAAACAAAGCAGUCAGUAGAGAGAAAACAAAAGAGUUUCUGAUAUUUAUUUUUGUUUGAAGAAGAAGAGAGAUAAAACAAAGGUAAGAAAAUCAAACACCAACUUUUCUUAAACGUAUCCGAUAAUAAUCCCGUGUCGCCGUUUUUAGGGUUUUCUGUUCUUCGACGUGUCUAGGUUUUUCAAGAUUGAAUCUUUCUCAUUCUAGAUCGCCAAAUUUUUUUAAUUUUGUUUUAUAGAUUUGGGGGGUUUUAAAUCUAGGGUUUUUGGACUGAAACCUUUGUUUGAAAUUAGUGGUAAAAAGUUAGGAUCUUUUCUAUGUUCUUGUGUUUGAUUUUAUAGAUCUGAUAUAGAAUUAGGGUUUUUCACUUUUAUGUAUGGCUUCCGGGCCUUUGGUCGGAGGAGGCGAAGAUGGAUCUACUAGAGAGAAACAUAGAUGGGCUGCAGAAAGUAAAGUUUACACCAGAAAAUUUCAUCAUAAAGGGGUUAAAACUACUGUUCCUCCUCCUCCUCCUCAUCAAACCCUAGUAGUUACACAAGAGGGGAACUCUUCUCAACAGCAACAACAACAACAGCUGCAGGAACCAUCACCACAACAACCAGAACAACAACCACAACAACAGCAAGAUCAGAAAGAACAACAAAUUCAGCAGGAGCAAGAGAAUCAACAAGAAGAGCAAAAUCAGCUAGAGCAAGAAAACAAAUUGCAAGAGAAUCAACAAGAAGAGCAAAAUCAGCUAGAGCAAGAAAACAAAUUGCAAGAGCAGCCAGAGGAGCAAAUACAGCAACACCAGAAAGAGCAGCGCGCACAUGAAGAACAGCUAGAGCAGCCUGAACAGAUUGUCACUCGUUUAGAUGCGGCUUCAGAUGAUUCAUCGAGUCUUAAUCACAAGCAAACUGAAGUUAUUUCAGACCAACGUGAACCCAUCUUAGGAAACGGAUGCGUCCCCACUACAGGAACUGGAUGUGAAUUACCAAUUGUGAGUAAUGGUAUUGUUAGGUCAUCUCCUGCGGCAAGUGUUGAUAAUGAUCGAGUCACCAUUAAUCUAUCUUCAAGUUCGAAACUUGAGAUUAGAGACCUGCGGAGGAAACUCAAUGGGGAACUUGAACAAGUUAGGAGUUUGAAGAAGAGACUUGAAGCUAAGGGGGCACAGGUUGGUGUUGGUGGUUAUAGUAACCCGCAUAUUGAUAUUGGUGAUUAUAGUAACCCACAAAUUGGUGUUGGUGGUUAUAGUAACUCGCAGAUGUCUGCUAAUGUUGCCCUAGAUAAUGGUGGUGGUGCAAAGAGAACAAUUUCUGGUGUUGGUGGUUAUAGUAACUCACAUAUGUCUGCUAAUAUUGCCCUAGAUAAUGGUGGUGGUGUGAAGAGAACUAUAUCGGAGGCUGGUUCAGUGGGAGUUCACCAGGGGUUUAGGCCAUUGCUCAGUGUAUCAGUUUUUGAGAAUACUCAUACCGGGGUUGCUGAUAUUGUGGAGAAGAGGACGCCUAAAGCUAAUCAGUACUACCGAAAUUCAGAAUUUCUUCUUGCAAAGGAUAAAUUUCCUCCUUCUGAGAGCAGAAAGUCAAAAUCUGGUGGUGGAAAGAAACAUCAUGGAAGUGGGGAUGGAGGAUCUCAUGGGUUUGGGAUUGACAAAUAUUCCAGUCAGGCUUUCAGAAGCUGUUCGAGUUUGCUUUCGAGAUUGAUGAAACACAAGCAUGGUUGGGUGUUCAACCAUCCUGUGGAUGUUAAGAAGCUCGGGCUUCAUGAUUAUUACCUUAUAAUCAAGCACCCAAUGGACUUGGGCACUGUGAAAUCUAAGCUGCACGCGAACCGGUACAAGUCUCCCAGGGAAUUUGCAGAGGAUGUGAGAUUGACGUUUAGUAAUGCCAUGAUCUAUAACCCUAAAGGGCAGGAUGUGCACUUUAUGGCGGAGCAGCUGUUGCAGAUAUUUGAAGAAAGGUGGGCAGUGUUAGAGACUGAAUUUAAUCCUGAAGCAAGGUAUCAAAUUGAUUACGAAAUGGGUCUUCCUACCCCAACGUCAAAGAGAACCCCUUAUCCUCCAUUCUCUACUGAAUUGGGAAGAACUCUCGAUAGGUCAGAGUCAAUUACACAUCCUUUUGCUGAUUCUAAGUUGAAGCCUUCAAAUAGUGCUCCUAUGGGUAGAACUCCUGUUCUGAAGAAGCCUAAGGCAAAAGAUCCCAAUAAGCGAAACAUGACGUUUGAAGAGAAACAAAAGCUCAGCACACAUCUUCAGAAUUUACCCUCGGCGAAGCUCGAUAACAUAGUUCAGAUCAUCAAAAAGAGAAAUUCAUCACUGAACCAACAUGAUGAUGAGAUUGAAGUGGACAUUGAUAGUGUUGAUGCAGAAACUCUGUGGGAACUAGAUAGGUUCGUUACAAAUUAUAAGAAGAGUUUGAGCAAAAAUAAGAGAAAAGCUGAACUUGCUAUUCAAGCUAGAGAAGAAGCUCAGCGUAGGGCAACAAAAAUGGACAUAUCUCCUGCUCCAGCACCCGCUUCAGUGGAGGCACCCAAGGAAGCUAGAACAGAGGAAAGAAAUAUGGCUUCACAGAUGCAGGGUGAAAAACAGGGUGAUGAUGGCAACAGGUCAAGUAGUUCUAGUAGCUCUAGCAGCGACUCUGGAUCAUCUUCAAGUGACUCUGAUAGUGAAAGUUCAUCUGCAUCAGAAGGUGGACAUUCUCCUAAAACUUGAACGGUUUUAACACAGGGUCUUUCAUAAUGGGAAAUAUAAAUAUGGAAGUGGUUGAAUUUUUUUGGGACGCUUGAUGGUCCAGAUAUGCCCUUGGUUUUGCAAGAGCCAAGGUGGGUAGGAGCUAUCAUUAUCCUGCUGCUGAAAGUCUUGUUAUCGGGAAGACUUAUUUAUGGCUGUCCCUAAAAUUCACAUGGGCGUGUGAUCUUUGUGGUGGUGUGGGGUAUAUCAUUUGGAUUAGGAGGAGAUCGAUGUGUUUUUGGUGUAGUAGCAACUCUGUACAUUGUUAACCUAACUACUGCUCUACUCAAAACUCUCCCCUUUUCUCUCUUAGCCAUCUAUUCUAUUGUCUGAAAAAAAUCACUUAUAAGAUGGCAAGAUCUUAAUUUGUUAAGAGCCAUUUGUAGAUUAGAGAGAUUCAGAACCUAAAAGGCCACGUGUGGGAGUGUCUUGUUUAUACAACUUUAUAUGGUUAGAUUUCGUCCCUUCAAUGUGUA